AUGCCCGGCUCCGUGGACACAGCAAAGUCCAUCGCCAAGAAGCGCAAGAGAAAGCACGGCGUUAAGGCUGCUGCCGACGAAGAUGUUUCCAAGCCUGUCGAGGCCAGUCCCUCAGUGAGCAGCAAGAAGACCACUGCUUCGCCCAAGUCGAAAACCGAUAAGCCGACCAAGAAGCGCAAAGUCAGCCCCUCGCCUAGCGACGAUGAAGAAAGCGCCGACGAGGCCGUGGAGAUCGAUGAUGAGAAGGAUGAUGUUGAGAAUGUCGAGGACAAUGCUGCUGCAGAUCUUCCUGCCAGCAAUGACAUUCGCCUGCCCGGUGAGGGUGAGCUGCAGAAAUUCACUGAGUUGAACCUCUCUGAAAGGACUAUGAAUGGUAUCAAGGAUAUGGGCUUCGAGACUAUGACUGAGAUUCAGCAACGUACAAUUCCUCCCCUGCUUGCUGGUCGUGAUGUCCUGGGUGCGGCUAAGACUGGAAGUGGUAAGACUUUGUCGUUCUUGAUUCCGGCCAUUGAGAUGCUUGCUGCGCUCCGCUUCAAGCCCCGAAACGGUACCGGUGCCUUGAUCAUCUCUCCCACUCGUGAGCUGGCUCUUCAGAUCUUCGGUGUGGCCCGUGAGCUUAUGACCCACCACUCUCAGACCUACGGUAUCGUCAUUGGGGGUGCCAACCGUCGCGCCGAGGCUGAGAAGCUGGCUAAGGGUGUUAACCUGAUUAUUGCCACUCCCGGUCGUCUUCUCGAUCACCUUCAGAACACCCAAGGUUUCGUUUUCAAGAACUUGAAGACCUUGGUCAUUGACGAGGCUGAUCGAAUUCUUGAAGUUGGUUUCGAGGAUGAGAUGCGCCAGAUCAUUAAGAUUUUGCCCGCUGAGGAGCGUCAGACUAUGCUGUUCUCCGCCACACAAACCACCAAGGUCGAGGAUUUGGCUCGUAUAUCGCUUCGCCCCGGUCCGCUAUAUAUCAACGUGGAUCACCGCAAGGAACACAGUACUGUGGAGGGUCUGGAGCAGGGAUACGUGAUUUGUGAAGCUGACAAGCGAUUCUUGCUGCUGUUCUCAUUCCUGAAGCGGAACCUGAAGAAGAAGAUUAUUGUUUUCUUCUCCAGUUGUAAUUGUGUGAAGUACCAUGCCGAGCUUUUGAACUACAUUGAUCUUCCUGUUCUGGAGCUGCACGGAAAGCAAAAGCAGCAAAAACGAACCAACACCUUCUUCGAGUUCUGCAAUGCUACCCAAGGUACUCUGAUCUGUACUGAUGUUGCUGCUCGUGGUCUUGAUAUUCCUGCCGUCGACUGGAUUAUUCAAUUCGAUCCCCCAGAUGACCCUCGCGACUACAUUCACCGUGUCGGACGAACUGCCCGUGGUGCCAAUGGCAAGGGUCGCAGUCUGAUGUUCUUGCAGCCCUCGGAAGUUGGAUUCCUCAAGCAUCUGAAGGAAGCCCGUGUUCCUGUAGUGGAGUUUGAGUUCCCUCAAUCCAAGAUUGUCAAUGUCCAGUCUCAAUUGGAGAAGCUCAUUGGCCAGAACUACUACCUCAACAAGUCUGCCAAGGAAGGAUACCGAUCUUAUCUUCAGGCUUAUGCUUCUCAUUCUCUCCGGUCCGUGUUCGAUGUGCACAAGCUUGAUCUGGUUAAAGUGGCUAAGGGAUUCGGGUUCAAUGCGCCUCCCCGCAUUGAUAUUCAGCUUGGAGCCAGUAUGUCUCGGGAUAAGAAGCAGGAGCAACAAGGCCGUCGUACAUAUGGCAGCCAGCCUAAGGGGAAGUUUAAUCGGAAGCACGAUGAUUAA